AGCAGUUGGAAUAAGUUCGUUGGCCAAGGCGAACCCAAAAUUAGUGCACCCACAGGCCAGUGCCCGAGCGGAUCUUCUCUAGACUUCGAUCAUCCGACAUGCAGUUUGUCUACUUGACGCUGGGACUGGGGCUGAUCUUCACCACUGCCCUUCAGGCGGCCAUCAUCCCACUGACCCUGAUCAAAAACGGAGUUGGAGCAAAUCAGGCGCUUCCCAUGGAUACGGAGAAGUUCGGUUACCUGGAAAUCAAACCCAAUGGAUCACUGAUUCUCAGAAGGGCGCCCAAUCAGAGUGGCAGUAACCUACCGGACCUGAUAAUGCUGAAAGGAGUACUUCAGGCUCUAAAGGCCAAUCCCGCAAAAAUGUCGGACACCGGUGGCGAUACACGAUUGAGCCUAAGGAUCUAUGGAGAUGGAGUGGAACACAAGUUUCCGCCCUUACUGGAGAAUAUCAUCCAACGCAUUCAAACGUAUUUUUCGGUUUACCGCUACACGGAUACAAGCAAACCCGGUGGAUUUCAGCGAAUUGAACUCACCACACCGCCGACGGAGGAUUCUCCGGAUAUGACCACCGUAAAAUCCGAGAACGAUGAUGAGCUGAUAGUAGUGGGAGAGCAGGAUGCGUACAUUACUGUGGGGGAUGGUGCAGACUAGUCACUACCCUAUUAUUACAUAUUUAUUCACCUAGCUAUGUAAGACAACAAAAGUGCCGCCCUCAAAAUAUUUUUCGAAAAUAUACAUCCCCCAUUCGCAAAUA